GGAAGCCGGUGUCAGUCCUGAGGAAGAUACCGUACAGAAGUGGCUAUGUAUUCUUUAUUUCGGUCUGUCAGGAGUGAAGUAGUCAAGGGAUGUUUGACGCAGCACGUUCAGUCUCUGUUCACCAGCUGCCCGAGUUUAGCAGCAGACAAAGCGCUUCUACUGCAGCUACGCAAAUCUACGGGCUACACAUUCGUCAACUGCAAAAAGGCCCUGGAGAAAUGCAACAAUGACAUAACACAGGCAGAAAGCUGGCUUCACGGACAAGCAAAAAAAGAGGGCUGGAGUAAAGCGACCAAACUGGAAGGUCGGAAAGCCAAAGAAGGACUGAUUGGUCUCAUGAUGCAUGACAAUGCUGCCGUCAUGGUUGAGGUUAACUGCGAGACAGACUUUGUGGCGAGGAAUGAGAAAUUUCAGCAGCUGGUGAAGGAUGUUGCAUUGUCAGUAAUGGCUCAUCAAUCUACCAGCAAAAAAACUGGGUUUAUUAAGAGUGUGCUGUCAUCUGAGGACAUGUCUAAACUCAAUGCUCCUGAUGGACCUUCACUGGCAGAUCAGUUAGCCUUGACUAUAGGGCGCUUGGGUGAGAACAUCGCCAUGAGGCGAGCCGUUUCACUUUCUGUGCCUUCUGAUUGGCACAUUGGCUCAUACAUUCAUGGGACGGUUGCUGGGCAGGUUGGCAUUGAGAUGGGGCGUUAUGGAUCCCUAGUUGUGUUUCAAGGUGAACCUAAGGAAGGGACAUACGCUCUUGGAAGGAAGCUGGCACAACAUGUAAUGGGUGAAGCACCUGUUUCUCUUGGCAACAUGGACGAUUUAUCAUGUGGUGACUCUGAGACGAGACUUUUGCCCCAGACGUUUCUCCCAGAUCCCAAAUAUACAGUGGCACAGUACCUGACUCUUCAAGAUGCCCGUGUGCUGGACUUCAUACGCUUCCAGUGUGGAGAGAGCAGCAGUCAGGAGUGAAAGGAGCCAUUUGAGGAUAUAAACAAUCCUAAAUGAGAUAUUAAAAGUAUGAAUUAAUUACAUUUUCUUUAAACAGUAUAUGUAUGUAUACAGUGCCUAUAGAAAAUCAUCAUACCCUGUGAAAAUGUAUACCUGUACUCACAUUUCACUCUGCUUUUAAAAGAUAUUCUGUUCAAAAUUGUGGAAAGGCACAGGUUAGAAGGCUACAAAAACAUUUCAAAGGGUGGAAAAGUUAUUUGUACUGUGAUUUGAUUUCUGGAUGUGUGACAAAUAAAGUCAUUAUUUUAAAUGGGUAUGAUGAUUUUCUAUAGGCGCUUUGUUUAUAUAUACAUACACAUACAUACACACACACACACACACACACACACACAAUAUAUAUACACAAUAUAUAUAUAUAUAUAUAUAUAUAUUUAUAUAUAUAUAUAUAUAUACUUUUUUUCCAAGCCAUAUCCUUGAUAUUGCUGCUGUUUUAUGUCCCCAAACAAAAAAAUUCUAGUUUAUUCAUGAAGUGAAUUAAAUAGAUAAAAUGAGGUCUAAUAGACAUUGUUAUUGUUGUGGUAUUGACAUGUUACUGUUAAAAAAGGUAUCUCAGCCUAGAUGGGUCAAUCUAAACUCCUGUGCUGUUUCUGUGCCACUACAAACAAUAAACAUUUUAUCUUAAUUACUAA